UAUCCUCAAAAACCAGGUUUUAAACAAAUUUUAACAUCUUUUUCGACUAAAAGUUAUUUACAGCCUUUGCACUUGUAGCUGACUUACGCGUCGCAGGCACAUGAUUGCCAGGUUAACUGUACGUCAAAGUGUAAUCAGUUUCCACUGUGCUGGGUUUUUUUUAUUGGACGUAUGGCAUUGGUGACCUGGUCAUCACAUAGGAGCAGCCAGUCGUAUAUCUUGAAAUUGUUAAAAUACGUACGUGUGUAGUGUAAACAACUAUGUGUUAUCAAAAAUAACGCAUCCUGUUCUCACCAACGGGUGUGUAAGAAAAAAAAAAGUAUGACCACGGAAAUGGAUGAUCUAAUCAAUUUCAAAAACAACACUAAUAGUGGACAAUAUACAGUUUAAAAAAUAACAACAAAAUCUAUCACUUCAACAAUUGUUGUGUACCAAACAUUCCUUUCGUUUCAUUUCUAAAAUAAUCUAAACAAAAUCGUUUUAUUAAAACAGUUUGCAAUGUUAUGUUAUGCCGGGCUCAGACUACCAACUGCCACGACGGAGUUGGCCAACUCACAGAGCUAAAGACUUCUACGACUUUUCAGUUGCAAGUCUGAGCGCUCUUACAACUCGAUUCUAGUCGUAUACAACUCCUACGACGCAGGUUUAUCCGAUUCCAAAAAUGAAUCGGGCCCAACUUUAGUUGGUAGUCUGAGCGCUAACUACAAAUCAACCCGACGGCCAGUUGGCAGUCUGAGCGUAUUCCCAACUCAACUGGCACGUCGGCAAUCAACCAACCAACCACAGCGCAGCACGUUGGCCAUGUGACAACAUCCACAAAAAGUAAACAUGGCGGACAACUUAAAAGAAGAGGAAAUGGUGGAAAUGUGGCGUUCCUACCCUGUGUUAUACAACACAUUUUCAAAGAACUAUUCUAAAAGAAACCAAAAUCAUACAGCAAUUUGGGAGAUUGCGCAACAUUUUGGAACGACCCGUACGUACUGUUCAAUCUGUUUUGUUGUGUAUGAUCCAACUCUUUGUAAAAUUUCAUUUCAAAUGCAGGACCACGUAAAUAUUAUGCCAUUUUAGGGCCGUAGAAACUCUUCCCCCAACCCCCCGCUCAAUUUUUUUUAUAGAAACUUAAAUUAUUUUUUUCUUAAUAACCGUUUAAGGAGUUUUAGACUAUUAACUACUUCCCCACCACACACACACACUAUUAACUACACACACCCACCCACACCCACACCCACACCCACACCCACACACACACACACUCCGAGCUACGGCCCUGAAAUGGCAUAGGAUUUAUGUGGUAUGUACGUUGUCAUCUCUGUAUGGAAGACACAGUAAAUGUUAUACGAAGUAAUACAAAGUUACUAUUAGCAAGUAUGAUUUACUAUGCAGGAAUCCAUAAGUACGUCACACUAUUUUGUAACCCCCCCCCCCCCCCCCCCCCCCCCCACACACACACGGGUUGUAACUAGAGGUAGCAGAGGGCAGUUGUUCCCUCGAAAAAUUACUAAAACAGUACCAUUCUUGUUUAAAUGCCAUUUUGUCUACUGGGAGGAAGACACUACCUGUACAUUGCUCUGUCUCAGGGUGUUUUUUUUUACUGUCAGUGCCACACCAUUUAUUGCAGACUAGGUACCACCCUGCCAUGAAUCGGAAAAUUGUUUUCAAACUUAUCUAUUUAAAAAGUAUUGUUAUGCUAAUAGAAAUGAUUUUCCGUUGGAAUGCUUUUCCAAUAUAGAUUACCUGGGAGUUUAAUGUUGGUCUUGUCUUAAUAGCCGCUUAUUCAAUUCCUUGGAAAUGCAUUACCUCAAAACUGUAACAAUGAAUGCCACUCAACCGAUAUCAGUAGGUGGAUAAACCAACAUUAUGGUCAAGACACCCCCCCCCCCCCCCCCCCCCCCUUCCACCUCCCACCUCAACAUCCUGGUGUAAACGUCACAUAUCCCAAAUAAUGAAGAUCCAUGGAUAUUUGUUAAAUACGGCAUUUAACUUUAUCAGGAAUACUACUCAGCGAAAAGGAUUUGUAUUCUUACAGCCUAACGUUUCUGGGCUUUUUAACAUUCUUUCAUCGUGGUAUUAUUGAUUAGUUUUUACUUGUUAUUCCCGCUGAAGAUAUAACUAAGAAGAUAAACAGUUUACGUACGCAGUAUUCUCGUUAUCUGAAAAGCGACAAGCAAAAGAGUGGGAGUGCAGCCACAAAGAAGACGCACCGUCAGGAAUGGAUUCUAGAGAACUUGAGCUUUCUUCGCCCUUAUGUGUGGAAGAGGAAAAGUGUUUCAACAUCAUGUGACAAUGAGUCUGAUGUUGACAGUGACAUAAAAAAAACUCUGAAGUCACAUGCAACUCGGAUAUCGACGACGAUGAUGAUUACGACGAUGGUGAGAAUGGGCAAGAGGUUGGAGCAUUGGACAAUACCAUGGAAACUAAUGAAGCCAACUCGACCAACAACAGCGACAACUGUAGAGAGGAUAGAGACAAGGAGACAGAUAAAACGACACAGUCUGCAAAAAAUAAGGGGAAGAACAAACCCGUCAAGUCUGACAGCUGUGGCAAGCAGGUGAAUGAAGGUGGUAGUACACCGAAGACAUCCAAACGAAAACGAAGUAGGAUAGACAGUGAAGUGGCCGAGAUAGAGCUACUCGUCGCAAUGAAGAACUCUAUAGAGGCAAGUAAGCAAAAGGAACCAGACGAUGAUAUUACAGUUUAUUUGAAAAACCUGGGGUGCAAAUUAAGAAAGAUUACAGACAGCAGGGUACUACUGAUGGUGCAAAAUGAAAUAGAGCAGAUUAUAUUCAGAGCAAAUAUGGGAAAAUGGGAUAAUCAUGUACAAGCACAAGUAUCACAAGUUCAACCAUCACAAACACAGUCAUACGGAAUGUAUACCACGCCUUCUACAUCGACUACUCAGGUCAAUGGAUUUAGACAGAAUUGGUAUAAUUAUGAAAACGGCACCAUCAACAGUCCCCCAUCUGAUGGAAAUCAGACAUUCACCUCUAUGCUUGAGAUGUAAAACUGCUAAAAGAGAUUGUUUCAUGUUCACAGAUGUUUUACUUACUGCAGUCCCAUGAUGCAUUUUAAUCUAUUGUUCUAUGGUUGUGAUGUUCACAAGGAUGGGGGGGGGGGGGGGGGGGGUAUGAACUAUUUUUCAUUUGUUGAUGUAAACACUUGAAACGAAUAUGUAUGUUGUUUUGUUUCAGCUACAAUAUCUAUGACAAUAAUGUUACUCAUCAGAUCUAACUAGUAUACAAUGUAAAUGGCCUUUAAUAAAUGCUACCGCCUGUU